AUGAGCGCGUCAUCGAGCGCAUUGGGGGACGCCGCGUUCGCAGCCCUUCCCAAGACCGUCCAGGCCAAAAUAGACAACGCAUUCACCUCCAUCUCCCGCUCUAACCUCCCUUACCGUCAAACCCACUCUGAAUCCGCGUCUGCAUCAUCCCUCGCUGGAGGUUUCAUCCUCGAAGACGCCGUCGUCGCCGAAACCGAUGCCCAACGCACUACCAUCCCCAGUGCCCGCAUCCCGCUCGCGUCCAUCCCUGCCGCGCUGGAGCUCCUCGACCUCCCGCCGCAUGACCGCCAGAUCCUCGCCGUGUUUCGCGACGCCGCUGAAUCCGACGACGACGACGACGACGAUACUGCUGGGUACGGGGCGAAUGGGGCGGAUGGCAAGGAGGCCUCGGUCAGUCGCAGCCAGUGGAGAGCCGUAUGCGCCGUCUUGUUAGAGGGCUCUUCUCCUUCCCCUUCUCCGUCCUCCCCCUCUUCUCACACUUCUCCCUCUUCUGCCCCACGCCAACGCGAAGAACGCAACACGCGCCCGAGACGCUCAAAAGCCGCGUACGCCCCCAUCUCCGCCCAUCCCGCAGACGCAGACACCUACGAGUCCGGGGACGACAGCGAGCCCUACGUCGCCUCAGAUAACUCAGACCAUUCCCUGCAACAAGACAAAGACCAAUACGAUGAUGAUGCCGAGGAUGGGGAUGACUCAGACGACGAGUACACCGGGCACGCCGCUUCUCCCUCCAAGCCCUCCAAAUCCACCAAAUCCGCCAAGAAAUCCGCCUCCAAAGCCAAAGCCAACGCGGUGCCCGACUCCCCAGCCGCUCUCGACGCGUUCGCGCUCUUCUUCCCCUCCACCCCACGCGACUCAAAUGAACUCAAGCAGAAGAAGAUCACGCUGAGGGAUCUGCAAGCUGCUAUGAAGAGCGCGGGCGAGAAAUACAAGGCUGAUGAUCUCACAGAAAUGCUCGCCCUCUUCUCCACAUCCCCCGACAAAUCUGUAUCUUUCGCCGACUUCGCGAACAUCAUGGCCGCUACGGGCCUUGCUUGA